AUGGGUAAAGUAAGAACAGGGGUUACAAUGAUGUUUUACAGAAAAACUCGUGUUCAGAUGGGUAAAGUAAGAACAGGGGUAACAAUGGUGUUUUACAAAGAAACUCAUCUUCAGAUGGUCAACCAAAGAAAAUACGAAUUAAAUAUUGAAAAGUUAGAAGCUUCCGAGACAAUCUUAAUAAAUUUAGAUCUAGAUGUAUCGUUUCGUGUUUGUUCUGCAGGAAACAAUUCAUAUAUCAGAUCAUGGAUUAAUGUUGUUGAUGUUAAUAGUGACAUCUUGUUAAUAUUAAGUGAUUUAAUAAUGCGAGAACUUUACCAAUUAUAA